UAAGUUUCUCUUAAAAGGGGUUUUAAAAAACCACUGCCCUUUUUCCUUGGUGAGAAGGACUUGUCCAAAGUUACUCGGGGUUAGUGGUGUGCCAAGACUGGGGCCCAGGUCUUAACUCCUGACUGGUGCUUGUUCUACUCUACAGGUUCUGGUUUAUUUGGACUCUGAGCUGCUUUCAUGGGGGAGGGUGAUACAGAAACCCAGCUCUUGGCCAGCCACCCCCAUUCCUGCUUCAGAGCCCCCAUGCUUGGCUCCCACAUGCCCUUGCGUCUACAGCUGUCAGGCUCCCCAACACCCCUGCUCUCAGCCCCAUCUGUGUGUCUCACUUCAACAGGGAUGUCUGGGUGUGUGUUAGUGCUAUUGCCACUCUGAGUGCAUCUCACACCCAAGCUGCUGUCACCCAAAUCCUGUCCCCAGGGAGGGAGGGAGAAAGCCGGGGAAAGACAGAGGGACACUGGAACAGACUAGGAGUAAGGAAGCCAUAGAUAGCGUCCUGCAGCGAGAUAGGGAAGAGGGAGGGAGAGACAGGGUGAAGGCAGAAAGAGAAGAGAAGGAGAUAGAAAACUGGAGAAAGGGAGAGAGACUGAUCUGAUGCGGGUAGAGAGAAAGACUCCUAAACGGGAGAGCGGGCGAAGUAAAGAUGGGCCGGGGAGACGGGGCUACAAAGGCACUUAUAAUGAAAAGAUAGAAAGGUAGUUUGUGAGACAGACAGGAAAGGGGAGAGAUGGAGACAGGUCUGGCAGGAGACAAGAGGGCUGUUAGAGACAAGGAAAUGUCACGUGCCCUGGAGCUGCUGCCCUGUCACAGUGAGGGAUGCGCUGAUGGUGCAGUCUGGCACCAGGUCCAGCUGAUGGAUGUUGGGGGGUCCCAUUGCCGGCAGCCUGUCACAUCCCUCUUCUGACAGCCUCCUUCCAGAGCUGGGCCCGGCUUUCCUUCAGUACCCUCCAGAUGAGCUUGUCAUGGGGGCCCCCAAGAGUGUGGUAUUGUGGGGUGGCCUUGGGCUGGUGCCUGUGCUGAGAACCGUCAGCUCCUGUCCAUUGGGGCUUGUGCAGAGGCAGAGGAUGGACUAGCUGGCUUGCUCAGAACCUCCUGCUGGUCACAAACUGGGGGCUUGUUUUGGACCUGGUAGAUUAAGGGGGCUGUGGCAGGAAGUAGAUAUAGCAAAAGUUUAAAGGAAACAACGAAUCAGGAGAGAGACUGGUUAGAUCUUGCCUUCCUAGGCUCAGGGACAAACGUCUGUGGUUCCCUUUGCUCUGGCCCCAAUUCUGUCCCCUGGUGCUGACCUGUGAGAAGACUCAGGGACACUCUAGCUGGAGUCUCAGAAGUUCAGGCCCGACCACGCUGAGUCAGCUCCUCUCUGGCUGUAGACUGAACCUUUCCUUCCCCAUCCAGCAGACAGGGUCUCUUAGGGCCCUUUGUCAGCCAAUGAAUGGAGCAGAGACCUUAGGCUGGGGGCUGUAGGGAGGGAGUGGCCCCGGGCCUCUCUUGUCUCUAGGGUUCCUGAGAAUUGCAGCCUCAGGGUUGCACAGGCAGGUAAGGGAUAAGUAAGUCUGUUUACCUUUCUGGCCUUGGCUAUCCUAUCUGUAGAAUAGAAAGAACCAUCCUGCCCUGUGUGGGCCUGGAACAGCCGUGGGUACAGUGUUCUCUGGGCAGUAGAGCCUUGGGUAGUGGCUGGUUCUUAUUCUCUUUAGGGUUUGCCCGGGUCCUCUCUGCUGCAGAGCAUGUUGCCGAGGGCCAGGAGACCCUCUGGAUCAUCCACUUAGUCAACAGUCCAUUAUUCAGCACCUGUUAGGUGCCAGGCACUGUGCUAGGCACUGAGAGACAGCAGCGACCCUGCCCCCAUGGAGUUUGCAGAACAAUAAAUAAGAUCAUUUCAGAGAGUGAUGAGUUCACUGAAGAAUGUAUAUGUAUAGGACACUGUGACUGGGAACAGGAGGGUGGAAGGCUCUGAGGAGAGGGCUUUGGAGCAGCCAGUUGAAAGGACAGGAAGAACAUUCCAUGCAGCAGCUGAGAGAGCUAGGUCCAAGGCGCCGAGGCCGGACUGGGCUGCCACACAGGGAUCUGAAGGAGGGCCAGGCUGGCAGUGGUAGUGAGACGGGGGCAGGCCUCCUGAGAGGAGCUGUGAGAGGAGCAUGGUAGAGCCACACCCCGCAGGCUGAGACUGCAAGGGCACGUGAGGAGGGCUGUUAUCCAAGGGCCAUGGGAGCCUUUGGAGGGUUGUAAGCGGGGAAUGGCAGGAUCUGAUUUAUGUUUUGAAAAGGUGUCUCCGAUUGUUGUGUGGAGAGACGGUUUUUGCAGGGUGAGAGAGGCAGCCUGGAGACCCCAUUAGGGGAAAGUUGUCGAGUCCAGAAGAGAGCCCAUGGUGGUUGGGUCUGAGGUAGGGGUUGGGGGGUGGCCCUAGAGAAAAGGGACCAAGAUGUCCUCCCUCCACACCCUGUCCGAGCACUGAGCACUGCUCUAGAAGUCCCUCCCAGUUGCCAUGGAUUAGGGGGUGGGAGGGGAGGGCAGGCUGCUGGGAGGAAAUGUGGCUUUGUGCUUGGAAAACAAAGAACAGAGCUUCAGGGCCCUCAUCUCCUGGGGGUGGGGUACAGGCCAGGCCGAGAGGCUGUUGACAGGACCAGAGACUGAACCACAGGGCUGGGUUUCACAGGAGUAGACUGUGCCCCCAGGCACAGGGGAGGACCCCAGAGCCCUCCCAGGGUGUACCUCUGAGGCCCCGCCCUCCCCACCUUGAGGUGGGGGCCCACCAGGAUGCACAAGCUGCCCGGCGGUUUGGCCCGCGACUUGGAGCGUAGCCUGCCGGCCGUGGCCUCCCUCGGCUCAUCGCCGUCCCACAGCCAGAGCCUCUCAUCGCAUUUCCUCCUGCCACCUCCGGAGAAGCGCCAGACUAUCUCCGAUGUCCGCCGCACCUUCUGUCUCUUUGUCACCUUCGACCUGCUCUUCAUCUCCUUGCUCUGGAUCAUUGAGCUGAAUACCAACACAGGUAUCCAGAAGAACCUGGAACAGGAGAUCAUCCACUACAGCUUUAAAACGUCCUUCUUUGACAUUUUUGUCCUGGCCUUCUUCCGCUUCUCAGGACUGCUCUUGGGCUACGCGGUGGUGCGGCUCCAGCACUGGUGGGUGAUUGCGGUCACUACUCUGGUGUCCAGUGCCUUCCUCAUUGUCAAGGUCAUCCUCUCUGAGCUGCUCAGCAAAGGGGCAUUCGGUUACCUGCUCCCCAUCGUCUCCUUUGUCCUUGCCUGGUUGGAGACCUGGUUCCUUGACUUCAAAGUCCUACCCCAGGAAGCAGAGGAGGAGCGAUGGUAUCUUGCUGCCCAGGCCACUGUCGCCCGUGGACCCCUACUCUUCUCCGGAGCUCUGUCUGAGGGCCAGUUCUAUUCACCCCCAGAAUCCUUUGCAGGAUCUGACAAUGAAUCAGAUGAAGAAGUUGUUGGGAAGAAAAGCUUCUCUGCCCAGGAGCGGGAGUAUGUCCGCCAGGGGAAGGAGGCCACAGCGGUGGUGGAUCAGAUCUUGGCCCAAGAGGAGAACUGGAAGUUUGAGAAGAAUAAUGAAUAUGGGGAUACUGUGUACACCAUCGAGGUUCCCUUUCAUGGCAAGACAUUCAUCCUGAAGACCUUCCUGGCCUGCCCCGCGGAGCUGGUAUACCAGGAAGUGAUCCUGCAGCCUGAGAGGAUGGUGCUGUGGAAUAAGACAGUGGCCGCCUGCCAGAUCCUGCAGCGAGUGGAAGACAACACCCUCAUCUCCUACGAUGUGUCUGCAGGGGCUGCGGGCGGUGUGGUCUCCCCCAGGGACUUCGUGAAUGUCCGACGCAUCGAGCGGCGCAGAGACAGAUACCUGUCAUCAGGCAUUGCCACCACCCACUGCGCCAAGCCCCCGACUCACAAAUAUGUCAGGGGAGAGAAUGGUCCUGGAGGCUUCAUCGUGCUCAAGUCGUCCAGUAACUCCCACAUCUGCACUUUCAUCUGGAUCCUUAAUACAGAUCUCAAGGGCCGCCUGCCCAGGUACCUCAUCCACCAGAGCCUUGCAGCCACCAUGUUUGAAUUUGCCUUUCACCUGCGGCAGCGUGUCAGUGAGCUGGGGACCCGGGCAUAACCAUGCCCCCUCACCACCCUGUGGGCCAGGGUCCUGUCACCACAGCCUCCUGAGCCAGAGAGGGAGUCCGUGGGGCUGCCCACAAAGGACCUGAUCUCAAGCAGUGGGAGAAAAAGAUUUCCUUUCAUGGCAGCCCCCUGACCCCAAGCUACCACCCUCCACCACGCUUCGCUGUGCCUGGGAGCCACGGCCACGAGCAGGUUGUGGGGUAGAGAGCAUCUGGACUCCAGGGCUCUGCCAGUAAGGCGGGCGGGGUGUGCCCUGCUGAUGUUUACAUGGCGUCCCUGCCUCCUAGAGAAGGAGGUCCUCGGUCCCCUCCUAGCCAGGGGCAGGGUCUGGAAUGGGAGCCUCAGCCUUGGUGGGUGAGGGCCAGGGCCCCUGGGCAGGACGGAGGCCAGAGCAUCCUUGUCACCAGUGUUAAGGUGCAGGAGCCCUUUCAUCUGCCUGCUCUCAUCAAGGUUUUUUAGGAUUAUUUAAAGGGUCUGGGACCUUUUUCCACAUGUACUUGUGGGGGAGUGGGUGGCAGGUGGAGAUGGUGGGUGCUGGCAGUGAACCGCUGUCUCUCCCAUGUUCUCUCCCUCCUCCCAGGGCCUCCUUGGGGACCUUUGUAAUUUGAGCCAAUUAAAAACAUGAACUUAAAAGAAAAAGAACUACCCUCUCCAGCCUGGCCUUUUGAGGGAAGAGGAGGUGGGAAGGAGUGAGCCAUUCAUCACCAUGGCCAGAUACAUGACCCGCCCGCUCAUGCCCUGGAGCCAGUGGGGACCCAGUUCCUGGAACCUCCCCCCCCCUCCACCCCCCCCAACACACAUACUUUGCUGAAUGGCUCAGCUGGGCAGAUGACUGGUCAGAGGAAAAUGCCCUACCCCCAUACAGGCUUCCUGCGAGGGAAAGGCAGGCUAAGGGCUCCAGUCCAGGCUUUGGGAGGUGGUAGGAGAGACCCAGCUACACCCACAGCAGGCCCUGGCUGUUCCUGGGGUCCCAAGGCAGGUGGGGAGCCUGGAGGUGGGGCCUGGGCUUCCUGGUCUGGGAUCUCUGCCUCUUGGGCUCCACUCACCUACGCCCUCGGCCCCACCACACUCACUAGGGGCAGCAUCAAGUCAGAUUCCAGGCGAGGGCCAGGGCACUGCUCUCUUCCCUUGGUGCCUGCAGGUUUCCAAAGGAGUCGACUUGCGUAGAGCCAGGGGGGCCCAUGUUAGUCCUGGCUGGUGUGUGACCCUGGGUAAAUCGGCAUCUCAGCUUCCAUGUCCUACUUUGUAAAAAUGAGGCUCAUUAUGUCAUAGAGCUAUUAUAAGAUUAAAAGAUACCAAGAGGGUCGGCCAAGUGACGCGUUGGUUAAGAACUGGCUUGGGAUGCCAGAGGACCCCUGUUCGGAUCCCACAUGUGAGGCCCGG